AUGAGUAAGCACAACACGGACCUCAUCGCUUGCAGGAAGCAGCCUGGCAUCGCCAUCGGCCGGACCUGCGAGAAGUGCGACGGAAAAUGCCCCAUUUGCGAUUCGUACGUGCGACCGGCAGAGAUUGUGCGGAUCUGCGACGAGUGCAACUUCGGAACGUACGGCGGACGGUGCAUUGUGUGCGGCGGAAACGGAAUCUCCGAUGCCUACUACUGUGCGGAAUGCGUACGGCUGGAAAAGAGCCGAGAUGGCUGUCCCAAAAUCGUUAACAUCGGCACAUCACGAACGGACGCAUUCUAUACACGGAAAGCGGCAGGGCAGUUUGUGAAGGGAUGA